CUCUUAUAAUUCACUCUUAUAAUAAAUUAAGAGAGACAAAUUGCACCAAAUUAAGAGCAACACGCUUUAAGGGAAAGUCGUGUAGAUUGAAUAAUACUCUUUAAGGGAGAGUCGUGUAAAUAUAAUUGCUCUAACCGGAUGCGACAUACCCCGGAUCACCCGACCCGUUAUCACUCUGAAACAUAACCGCAUAACCCGACCCGAUUAAACAUUCACGCAACCCAUCCCCGAAUUUCGCAUCCCUCUCCUCUUUCUCUCUCUAACAAAGGGCAUCUCAUCGCAGCUGAUUCGCCGGCGGCCAUUUCCCUUCACCGCCUAUAGCUCAUCUAUACAUAGAUAGCCUCGUAUUGGUUUUCUCUGAGUUUUUCUGUUCCUCGACACAAGAUUUUGAACUUCUGUAAUUAUUAUGGCUUCCGAUGACGAAGAUGCGAGUCUCGUUCAUUUCCUCGAAUCCGAAGUCCUCUUUGGGCUCUCCGAUGCGGAAGAGGAAGAAAGAGAUGGGAAGAGAUCGCGUGCUGAGGAGGGGCAACUAAGUGAACAGGAAGAGAAGGAGCAGCAGGAAGCCAAGAAAACAAGAUUUGAUGAGGGUGAAAUUAGUGAUGAGGAACUUUCAAGGGCUUUACAAUCAUCUUCCUCGUCAUUGCUGUCAUCUCUUGAUCUGGAAACUGAAGUUGAAACUACAUCUUCACCUCCAAAAAGAAGUGAAACUGUCAUAGCUGACAAUUGCAGUCAUGGGAGGCAUGUCACGGAAAGCAAACCAGCCCCAAAGAGGAUUGAGACCGGGAUUUUCAGCCACAUCCCUCCCGAGUUGUUGUAUCACAUCCUCAAAUUUCUUUCUUCUGAGGAUCUUGUUUCUUGCUCAUUGGUUUGUAGGUUCAUGAACUUUGCUGCUUCAGAUGAGUCAUUGUGGCGUCGCUUAUAUUGUAUGCGGUGGGGUCUGCUGCCUCCAAAAAAGCCACGAGAAUGUGCUUGGAAGAACCUUUACAUCAAGCGUGAUGAAGAAGACAUGGCAGAGUUUGUGCGAAACUGUUCUACCGAAUUCAAAGAAUAUUACAUCCAAAUGCAGGUGGCCAAGAGAAGCCAAGCACCUAAUCGUUCUCAGGUGAAUGAUGACCGUAUAAUUCUUGACAAGACACUUGCUGAUCAAGUGUCCACUUGGAAGAGUAGCAGAGGCCUCACUGAGACAGGGGUACCCAAUCAUGCUUGCUCUGGAGAAAAUUGCACUUACUAUCAAAUUGGAGAUGUAUUUGUGUGUGAGAAGACUGGUAAUGUUCAUGUCUGUGAUGAUACAUGUAAAGAUGUUAUUAUGGAUCCUACAAAUGAACUCUUGGUCUGCACCAUCUCUGGUCGAUGUUUUGAUCGAUUGCUCUCACCGGGUGAAAUGGAACCUGAUGCGGAACAACAGCAAGCCACUGCUAAUGAUGAAGCAGAGCCUUUUAUGGGAUCUGGUCGUUUUGCUCGGGCAUAUCUACUUGGAUAUAACUGUGAUGAUGAGAAAGAGCUAGAAGCUGCGUUGAGGUUUUGCUGAUUUAGGUUCGUCUCUACACUCUAGCCUACUUGGUUUCAAAAUCUUUGAAAUAACAUUGUGAUGUAUUUAUGAUCGACACUUUAGCUGGUUCUCUUCAAGCUUUGAAGCUAUAUGUAUUUCAUGUAUCAGCUUGAAGGAUGGAGAUUCUUAUGUUACAUAUUUAUGUGUAUUUCAUGUAUCACCUUAAAUUAUCAUCUAUCCUCAAAGCUAAGUUCUAGUGA